AUGGAUUGCAGUGCCACAGAGAAGCAGCGGGCUCAGCGGCCUUCGGGAAGUGACACGACAGCUGUGCUAGAGGAGGCCAGGAGGGAGCGCCGAGGAGGGAGUGUCUGUGGAAUCCUGGUUGGAAAUGGCCACCCACAGGCCCAGGCCUCGCCCCCAGGAUGGUUCUGUAGUUCACAAGCCAUUGUGCAGGUGGAGACAGGAAGUGGGACCAAUGCGCAGCGGUGGGCGGGAUCUUCAAGAGAGCGGCCCGCCCACGCGCGAGGCGACUCGUGUAUCGAUUGGCUGGCGCCCCGGGCGCAGGUGCGCGCUUCCUAUUGGGUGUGGGCGGAGCGCGAGCCGCCGAGUCUUCUACGGAGGCGGCAGUUUGGAGCUGAAUUUCGUCGAUUUUCACUGGAAAGAUCAAAGCCUGGUAAAUUCGAGGAGUUCUAUGGAUUACUGCAGCAUGUUCACAAGAUACCAAACGUUGACGUCUUAGUGGGCUAUGCUGACAUCCAUGGAGACUUACUGCCUAUAAAUAAUGAUGAUAAUUACCACAAAGCUGUUUCAACGGCCAAUCCAUUGCUUAGGAUUUUUAUACAAAAAAAGGAAGAAGCUGACUACAGUGCCUUUGGUACUGACACAUUAAUAAAGAAGAAGAAUGUUUUAACAAAUGUUUUACGUCCUGACAACCACAGAAAGAAGCCGCACAUAGUUAUCAGUAUGCCCCAGGACUUCAGGCCUGUGUCUUCUAUCAUAGACGUGGAUAUCCUCCCAGAAACUCAUCGUAGGGUCCGUCUUUACAAAUACGGCACCGAGAAACCCCUAGGAUUCUACAUCCGGGAUGGCUCCAGUGUCAGGGUGACCCCGCACGGCUUAGAGAAGGUCCCAGGGAUCUUUAUAUCCAGACUUGUCCCAGGAGGUCUGGCUCAAAGCACAGGACUGUUAGCUGUUAAUGAUGAAGUUCUAGAAGUUAACGGCAUAGAAGUCUCAGGGAAAAGCCUAGACCAAGUAACAGAUAUGAUGAUUGCAAACAGCCGCAACCUCAUCAUCACCGUGAGGCCCGCGAACCAGAGGAACAACGUUGUCAGGAACAGUCGGGCGUCCGGCAGCUCCGGCCAGUCCACGGAUAACAGCCUUCUGGGCUACCCCCAGCAGACGGAACCCAGCUUUGAGCCCGAGGAUGAAGACAGUGAGGAAGACGACCUGGUCAUUGAAGGCAACGGCGUGCCUCAGCAGAUUCCGAAGGCUGUCCCUAACACCGCCAGCCUGGACUCUUUGACACAGAUCGAACUCAACUUUGAGUCUGGGCAGAAUGGUUUUAUUCCUUCAAAUGAAGUGAGCUUGGCGCCCGUGGCGAGCAGUGCGAAUUCAGACUUGGAAACGCAUGCUCCAGGUCAGAAACUCUUAGAAGAAGAUGGAACAAUCAUAACACUAUGAAACUUGUUUCAAAUGUUUUCGGAGUGAGGAUGCCUGGGGAGGACUUGUACAUUUGGCUAGUUUGAAGUAUACAUAUACCUCUGGGCCGGUAGCUGGGAGUAGGCACGAGAAAAGGAAUAAUGCAAGUAAUGACACGUCACUGAAAUAACAUUUAGAUGAUUGUGUCCACGCAGGUGGGUCACAGGUGAAUUUAGUGUAAAACAAAGGGGCCUUUGCUGACGGAGCAUGUGUUUCUGCUGCCUGUUCCGGUGCGGCCUCCAAGGCGCGGCCUGGCCGGCGGAGCACGGGGCCCGGUGGCGGCCGCCGCACAGCACUGGCCUCAUCUGCCCUGUCGCUAUUUUUGAAAACUCAAAUGUGAAGAAGUCUGAUUCUCUUUGGUACCGGGGGGGCCUCAGUGUUUAUGUUCCCAGUGUUUGGUUUCGGUUUUUGUGGUGGCGUUCCUCUGUUGGUGAUUUUAGCAAGUAAUCUUUUCAGGUGAGUUUUCCUCAAAUUCUAAGAAAUCAAACCAGUGUACUAUCUUUAGGGGUUGCUUCCUCUGCUACAAAGCGCUGAUGCUUUGUCCCCAAUUGUGAAGCUUCCUAACGCUGUUCUGUUCACCUUUGUCCGCCCUGCGCUUUCACUCCAGGUAGGCCUGGCUGAGCUUGAAAGGCGCUUCCACGGGCUGGGCACAGGGAGACCGCUCUGGACCAGUUUCUUGUCUUUAUUCCCAGCCUCACUGGAGAUCAUUCCUGUUGGUGUGUGUGUGUGUGUACAUUGUGGUGUGCGUUUAUACUCUGCCAACAUAUUCAAGUAGUGUGAAUCAUUUUGGAUAAAAGUUGCACCCAAAUUGAGAGAUUUUUUUACACACAGGACAAACUUGUGCACUUUUGUAUGACAAAUUUGGGGUUUCCUUACUGGGAUUGCUAGGAAUACUGCCUAUGCUUUUUGGAAAAGAUGUAGUAUGCACCUUUGACAGGUAGAGUUUAUCACUAUUAAUUGUGCGAGGCUAUUUAUUGUGUCCAGUGCGUGCCCACCCAGAAGAGGGCAGGCUGCUGCCUGCUCCCCGCCUGCUGUGCUCCGUGUGCGGGAGGAGCCUCGCAGGGAGAGAGCGGGCCUGUGGCUCCUGGGUGCUUCUCGAGGCUGUUUAUUAAUUAUGUUGAUGGCAGAGCUUGUCUGGAUACCUUUAUACCAAUUGUGUGCUAUCAAAACUGAAGAAUCAAAUGACUCCGUUCUGAAGGAUAUUUUCUCUAUGCUAAGAAUUUGUGAAAAAGUAAAGUCUUGAUUAAAUGAAGGUCUCUUGACUCAGAAUACUUGUGUAUUUUGUGCACAUUACACCUAAAAAUAUUAUCACUAAUCUGUUAACUGCACAUUAUAUAAUACAGUGUACUUUGUUGAAUUCACCCAAGUUCUUCCAUUAUAUACCACUAUUUAAUGGCAUUCCAGCUUUACUUUUAUGAGUUUCAUAAUCUAACUCUUCUUGAGUGACAAAAUAAUUUUAAUAUGUAGAAGGGUAAAUUUCAUUUAUAUUAUAGGUGGUACUGGGGUUC